CUACGUAAUAUAGAAAGCGGAAGUGCGGAACAAACAAGUUGGUGACUUGGUGCGCUGAAAAAUCAACAUCGCGGACUUGUUCGUUGGAAAGUCUGCCUACCACACGCACAAGAUACGACGACUUGGCUCCUUCUCUACUUUCUUCAUCGCUAUUAGUUGCAUCUGCAAAAGUUCUGGACUCCAUCCUCCAGUCGAAAGGUAAUUUCCCCUUCUUCAAGAAACCGAGUCUUUUAUUCUCUAGGAUUUACGUCCAUCCGUUUACGGAUCUUCAUUUCAUUUCCCCUUUUUGGACUUUAAAUCGUUUUUCCUCGUUUUCGGAAACCGAAUCUAGUAUUUCUUUUUUCUUUUGACGUAAAUAGAAUGUUUAUGAAUGUAGAUUUUCCCAGAACCUAGAAUUGAACGAUCGCGGCAGCUUCUCAGCUUCUGAUAUUCUUCUCCGCCUGUUUUGAGCAAUUCUGAGCACUUUCUGCGCGCGCACAGGUCACCUCUCUCUGUAAGGAAUGGAUCUUUUCUGUUUAAAUGAUGACUCUUCACCUUUUCAGCAAGACAUUAUGAGGUGCCCAUUUUUGCGGAACAUUAAUGAGCCUACAAAUUUCUCUUUCUCAAGCUCCAUGGCAUUCCCAAUGGCUGUACGUGAAGGGAAAGGUCCUAUAUUUGAGGAUGCUCCCAAUUUUGAUAUGGCCUUUAGACUUUUCCACGGGCAGGAUGGUGUCGUCCCACUUUCAGGGAGAUCGCUUAUUCAGAAGGAGAAAUCAGGGUCUGACAAACCAUCAUCAACCCAGUUCAACCCUUUGGCUGCAAGGGCAGCUACCAUUAGCCUCUCAGGUUUGGGACUCGGAGGGCCUUUUGGUUUUGAUGCAUUCUCUAAGAAGUGGAAGAGUCAAAAGAAGAACUCUAAAUCAUCUAAAGAUGGGUCUCCUCCACAGGGAGGAGACACAAAACAUGAAGCACUGAGCAAUGAGUGGUUGCGAAGUGGAAAUUGUCCAAUUGCAAAGUCAUUCCGUGCUGUGAGUAAAGUGAUCCCACUUGUGGCAAAAGCGAUUCGGCCUCCUUCCGGCAUGCAGUUGAAAUGCCCUGCCGCUGUAGUUGCCGCCAGGGCAGCAAUAUCACGAACAGCAUUUGCAAAGAAUCUCAGGCCGCAAGCUCUGCCCACAAAGGUAUUGGUGAUUGGUGUCAUGGGGAUGGCAGCAAACAUUCCCUUGGGAAUAUGGAGAGAACACACAGAGAAGUUUUCUCUUUCAUGGUUCACAGCCGUCCACGCAGCCGUUCCGUUUAUUGGCAUGCUCCGUAAAUCCAUAUUGAUGCCUAAGGCGGCCAUGGCUUUUACUAUUGCAGCCUCAAUUCUGGGUCAGGUAAUCGGGUCACGGGCCGAACGGUAUCGCCUUCAAUACAUUGCGACCCAAAAUGUGGCCCUUGCUGAGAAUAUGACUGAUCAGCAAUGUCUUGAAGCAGUUCCUCCUGGACAAUUGGGGCUUUCUGAUACCGGAAGUCAUGGACCUGUGACACUAAGUGUGGGACAUUGCAGUGGUGAGAUGGUUGACAGGAAUCGGAUUGCUGGACCAUCUUCACCUGUUGGUGUGCUUGGCUAAUUCACAACGUCGAUCUCUGUAUUGACUCAUCUUGUGUCAGGACACUUGAUUGUCUGUAUCGAUCUCUGUAUUUUUCUAUUGUUCAAUUGUGUUUUCGUAAAAUCAGCAUCUGAAUGAGUAAAUAAGAGAAGAGUUCCUCGAAUGAUGAAAAACCCAUGGUUCAUAUUUGGGGUUUGUUUGGUGUUGCUGACUCCUUUAUUGAACUUGUAUUAUACUCCGUAUAUUACUAGAGUAUAUUUUACUAAAUAAAGCUGAAAGAUAUACUCCUUCCACCGUCAAAUAGGUGCAC